CGGCAGCUCGUUUCCUGUUGAAUGCGCGCCGAUCCGUGACCAGCUUGCCCUUCACGGGGUGAAAUCCCAUGGCGGAUGAGCUGGUGGAAGCCGCGCAUCUGGGGAAUGUCGAGAAGCUCAAGGACUUCUUCAAAAAAGGCAUGGAUGCCACUUCAACUCGCGUGCAGCAUGCUUGCGUCAUGGCUGCGGCAAACAAGCAGGAGUCGGCGGUGCAGGUGUUCCUGGAGCGCGGCGUGCCCCUCACCUGUUCGGACCGUGAGGGAAAGAAAUUGAUCCACACCUGUGUGAGAAAUGACAUGCCCAAGAGCAUCGCACUGUUGGUGACCAUGAAAGCCGACGUCACCAAACCUGAUAGCGAUGGUGCACUUCCCAUUUCCUUAGCCAUCAAGAACAAGUUCCGCCAGUGCAUCAAGGAAUUGCUGAUUGGCGGCGCAAGCGUGCCACACAAUGCAGAGAUGCCUGGCCUGGCGAACAUCGUUCUGGAGGUGCAGCUGCAGCAGUGCGCCAAUGAGAUCCGCCCGUUGGCCAAGUCUGAGGUGAAAAACGCCGAGAUUUUAGAGGCUGAACGUGCGGUCCUUGAUGGCAUGAAGGAGCACAAGCGCCUUUUGAAGCUCAAUGAGGACAGCCGAGCAGCCAAGAGUCUGGUGGAGCUGGAGGAACGUUUGGACUCCGCCACCGACGCACUGGGAGAGGCUCAGCAGACCUCUGCCGCCUUGGUCGAGGAGUUGAGCCAGCGUCGGAUCGAGGUCCGGAACGCGGAGACCGAGCUGAGCAAGCUACGGAAGGAGAUGAGCUCGGUCUUGGACAAUUUCAACGAGUUGAAGGAAGAGGAUGCCAAGUUGAAAGUGGAGAUUGAAGAGAGCAAUCGUCAACUGAAAGAGUACACUGCAGAACGUGAUGCCCUGAUGGCCGCCCAGUUGGAGCGGGAGCAACUUGCUGGGAAGGUGCAGCAGGAGCUGACCGAGUUGGAGAACCAGAUCCAGGAAGCACUGCAGCACAACGCUAAGCUUCAAGAAGAGUUGCCCUUUGUGCGUCAAGAAUUGGCUAGCAAGCUACGGGACAAGGAAGAGGCGAAAAAGCUCACCGAGAAGGCACACCAGCUGGUCGAGACCCUUUGAGGGCAGCUUCAGAGCCUCUUCUGAGAAGCCUCUCCAGACUUGCUGACUCCAUGAAAAACACAUGUUUCAUCCUGAUGAAUGGCAGCACUAGUAGUGACAUGUAGUGACCAAAUGGAUCGCUUGACAUAGCGACAUCACUUCGCUUCAAGCUAUUCCCGCCUUCUCACUGCUUCGGUGCUUUUCCUGCUUUUCGCUUGUUUUACUUUUCCUUGCUUUUCAUUGCUUCUUUGUGAAU